UUCCUACUUCAGUGGGUAGCGUACUUAGUACCUACCUACUGUGUCAUGUGUUUUGACUGACACUUGACACUUAGGUUUUGUGACUGUCAGUUUUGUACUGCUACCACUUUAAUCAUAAACUGUGUUUGAAAAACUUUUCGCACUAGGCAUUUUAACAAAUUUCUUUAGAUAACGUAUCGCCAUCAUUUAUUUUGACUACUAAUUAUUCAGUAUAAUGGAGAAACCAACUGUGACCGAGCAACCCCCGCCGUAUUCUGCGGCAGUCCCUCCAGAUUUUCCACCAGUCACUAAUCUUGUUGAACUUAUAUUCUGUCAGUCAAAUUCAAAGAGUUUGAUGUGCUUCUCUAUCUUCUACCUAUUUGCUGGUGGCCUACGGGACUAUUCCAGCUACGCACAGAUGAAACUCAUGGGCUCAACAUCUGAGAAUUCCGAUCCGGGCUUCAACCGCAUACAUACCCACAGGCAUCUAAUCCGCCAGGUGCACCUUUUCCCCCACCACCUCCGGGCUAUAGUCCAUAUGGUGCUCCUCCUCCACAAACAGGCUUUGUACCAAGCUACGGAGCCACAAACAUUAUAAUACCACCAGCUAUAAUCACAGUCGGAGCUUGCCCCGCAUGUCGAGUUGGCAUUUUAGAAGACGAUUUCACGUGCCUCGGUAUUUUAUGUGCCAUCCUUUUCUUUCCGUUAGGAAUACUGUGCUGCCUUGCCUUAAAAAACAGAAGAUGUUCAAACUGUGGAGCGAUGUUUGGUUGAGUUGUCAUUAUAAAUCUUUAUUUAAACUGUUUAAUACAAUGUACUAAAAGAAAAACAAAAAGUAAGCAGUUUAAAUUUAAAUAAAAAACAAUGUAAUUGUAAACAAUGUAAAACAUGUAUUGAUGAAAAUUGAUAUACCGUGAUUUAUAAAUAUUUCAGAGUCAUUUUAACUUGGUUUUUAUGGAUAUUUUGAAUUUGAAGAUAUCAUUAGGAUUACAUGUCAUACUUUUCCCAAUAAAGUACAAUAUCUCCACAUCCAUCAAUUGAUCCUGACUUCCUAAUGGACUUUGACGUAACAUGUAAUAAGAAAAUUCAAUUAAUGCUACUGAACAUUCCAUGAAAUUGACGACAUUAUUUUUUCAACUGUUACAAAAAACUAAGACAGAUGACAAGUUCGUUUUUCAAGGCUCAUUUAUGCAACUGGAAUUUUUGUGCAUCUAUUUAAAAAUAUUUCUCGCGCUUACCUUGUAAAUGAAUGAGAAAAUAUUUGAAUAAAAAAUAAUAAUUAAAUUCAUUUUCACUGUAAUUAGGUGAGGAAUUUUUCUUGAUUAUUUUUCAUAGUUAUUUAGUUAUAUAGUAUUUUUAAGUUUAUACUAUAUGUGUGUUAAUAUUGUAUGCUCUAUUAAAUUUGUUAAUUAUGAUAAAUAAACUCUAAAAUGAUAAAUAAACACCGUUAAUGUCUUUACAGAAUUUAAAUUAUUCUAAGUUGAACUGCGUUUGGUAUAUGUACAACCAUUUAUUUCUUAAAGAAAUAAAAUUCAUGGAUGUGCCCAAAAAUACUAUUUAGAUUGUGAAUUUACAGGAAACUAAGCGCCAUGUGCUAAUUUUUUGGAAUGGCUCCUGAUAUACACGUGAUCUAAGUUAAAAUAGCAUGGAUUUGAAGAAGUUUUUGUGUAAAUCGCAAUCUGGCAAAAAACGAGAAUAAUUCAUACAAGUAAUAGAGACACUACUUUGAAAUGAUAUAAUUUUUAAAUGGAGAUUUUUUUAUUUGAACUUAACCAUUACAUAAAUGUUGAAUUACCUAAUUAUUUUCAACAAAUUAUGAUUUGAGAUAUUGCUAUGUUGAAUAUAAAAUGUUUUUAAUUUUUAUGAUUACAUAUGUUGAUUGUAAAAAAUAUAUGUUAAUUACGCAGUUACAAUUGAACGUGUAUUUUUUAUCAGAGGCCAUAUUCUGUUUAUCGCUAUCCGCAUUCUAUUUUAAGGUUAAUGUUGAAAGUAAUUAAAGUGGAUAUUUUUUGUAGCGACAUAUGAUUAAUAUUAAUGGAGCACUUAAUUGUUUUUCAAGUGCUAUCAUUAAAAUACUAGGUACAUAUUAUUUGGUACCCAUUUUCAUUUUUGUAUGGCAAUGACACACUAUUACAUUUUUGACACAAUAUUCAUUUCUUUGAAAAAAAUAUAAAUUUGACUACCUAUUACCGAAGGUAUUAGGUGUGUCAUGCUCUACUUUUUAAAAUUAGAUGAAUAAAUGAUCACCUAAUAAAUUGUACAAGAUUUUCGUUUCACAUAGAUGAAACAAAUCUGUUUCUUUCUAAAUUAAAUGACUGAGAGUGACAUAUGAAAAUGCCUUAAAUUAACAUGAUCGUGUAGUGAAGAAAGCUAAUGCUAAUACACUAAGAUUAAACGAGUUGUGUAAUCAGUCCUAUUAUUAAAUUUAUAUAUUAUGUAUAAUAAAUAUAUUAUUAUAAAUUUUUAAUAAAGUUUAAGAUAAAA